GCAAAGCUAGAUAAUUUAGUCCCUGCUCUCAGUUAAUCACCGUUACGAUGCAUUCAGUAUCUGCACUUGUGAUUGAGGACAGACCUGGACCCGUGUCUCAUUUGCACCCAUAUACGAGUCUGACCGGGGCCUCGAGUGGGUGUGUGUUAGGUCAUUCAGUGUCUGCGUUCCCGAUAAUGUCGGAAUUUCCUGCACGGAGUUACGAUUGGAAAUUACGUGCGUGUUGUCGAUGAAUCCGCUGUCAACAAGCUGAUGUGGGUCGAAUGGCUGCCUUUAGAAUUGGUAGAGUCCAUUAUGUCUGUGACAUACAAAAACAACGAUUCCAGUGGUGGAGGAAAGCCAAUCACGGAAAUUGAUUGCGACCUGGCGAUUAACAGACAGUGUGAAGAUGGCACCUGUAUAUCAAAGGUCGAGCUAUGUCCCGAUGAGCAGAUUAUGAACCAGAACACAAUUCUCAUCAUGAUUGUGGUCGGCAUGGCUGUUGUCAUUUUUCUCAUCAUCCUCUACUGCUUCCAACAGCGACAACGGGGCAAUGGAAGAACGGGAAGAAACGACAACUUUGAAUCCAUGAAUGGCGAUGGGAUGAGUGGUGAUGGAGACAAUGCUUCAUUAUACAUGCCGCCGCCGACGUACGACGAGGUUGUCACAACAGACCUUUACCCAGCCACACCACAGAUGCUGAGAAAUACGCGGAUGUCUUCGUCCGACGAGCCGCCGAUGACCCCACCACCAAAUUACGAGGUAGCACUUCACAUUUUAGCUCAAAGCCACGAAUCUGUGUUAACGAACAAAGUAGGGAAGAACUUGCGGACAUCGCCUGUUGUUCGACGUAGCAUCUCUAUAGACCACCACAUGGGGGGACAGUAUACACAGCUGAGGGAGGGGUCAAGGUCACCCGUCCGGAAUGUGGACGAAGAAAAUAGGUAGCAGAGAGAGAGGAAGGACUGUGUGCUUGGUUAAAACUGUGUUCCAAGGAUUGACAUUAUGCAGUAGUGGCAUGGAAAUUCAGAUUUACAGAUGCUGAGAUGUCUGUAAUUAUACUACUCCACUUUUUAUAGGGGUGAUCAGAUAUGAAGAUAAAAAUAACCCUAUCAAAAAUAGAGUAGUAUGUAAAUACCGUAUUCGACGUAAUAAGCGCCCCACUCUAAUAAGCGCCCACGGCGAUAUUUGCUAAUAUAUUGGCUAGUGAACAAUCCCAAUUAGCACCCCUUCCGAUUGAUCAAUGUAC